AUGCCGCUGACGCAGCCCAUGCGCUGCAGGCUUCGGCCCUCUCUCCGCUCCUUAUUCACGACUCCACGUACCCAACGCCGGGCAUUUACAUCCCUGCCACCCCUCCUCAACUCCCUCAAACCUCCUCCACCACAUGAUAGACCACGUUCUGUUUUAAAGCCACUCCCCAUGACGCAGACCAGAGGCCAUACUGGCCAUAGCCACGGCCACGGACAUCACCACCAUCACGACAAUGUUUAUCUGACCUCGACAAACAAGAACGAUGCUGGUGUUCGCAUUACUCGACUUGGCUUGCUCGCCAACCUUGCAAUGGCCAUUGGCAAGUUUAUCGGUGGCUAUGUCUUCCACUCUCAAGCUCUGAUCGCCGAUGCCUACCAUGCCCUGACCGACUUGGUCUCCGAUUUCUUGACCCUGGGUACGGUCGCAUGGUCCACAAAACCCCCCAGUGAACACUUCCCGCAUGGAUAUGGAAAGAUUGAAAGCAUUGGUGCCCUGGGUGUAAGUGGGCUGCUGCUGUGUGGUGGUGUGUUCAUGGGCCUCAAUGCAGGACAGGUCUUGCUGGCUCAAUGUUACCCUGAACUGGCAGAGACACUCGCCCAUUCUGGAAUCUUGGGACAUGGUCAUGGUCACUCUCACAGCCAUGGACUUGAUGUGAUGGGUCCCAGCAUUCACGCAGCCUGGAUUGCGGGUGGGUCGAUCAUUGUCAAGGAGUGGCUCUACCGUGCAACCAUGAAGGUAGCCGAGGAGCGCAAGUCCUCUGUACUCGCUUCUAACGCGAUUCAUCACCGAGUCGAUUCUCUCACGAGUAUUGUUGCCCUUUCCACAAUUGGUGGAAGUUAUAUGUUUCAAGACGCUACCUGGCUGGACCCGGUGGGUGGUCUUUUGAUUUCCCUCAUGGUCAUCAAGGCUGGCUGGGGCAACACACUCACCUCACUCUGGGAGCUUGCGGAUACAACCGUGGAUGAAGAAAUCAAGACCUCGGUCCAAACAGCAGCCUCGAAAGCGCUGAAGGAGAUUGAAGAUGGAGAGCAAGUGAUCGUUCGUGACGUUCAAGGCAUGAAGUCUGGUCCAAACUACCUGAUGGAUGUUGAGCUUGCUGUUCCUGGAGCUUGGUCUGUGACUCGGUCCCGGGCAGUGGAAGAGGCUGUACGCAAGACUAUUGGAUCGGGGGUUCACGGUGUGAAGCGAGUUAAGGUUCGCUUCAUUCCUGUGGAAGAGAAGGAACUUACUUUCUCGGAGGAGUUCGUUUCUCAGGAUGCUCAAGCCAGUCUUGAACCAGAGCAUGACCAUGACCACAACCAUUCAUCUCACGGCGCUGAUCAGAACUCACACAAGCAAAAGUAA